AUGUUCGACUUCAAUUCUGAAUCAAAGCGAUCAAUGAACCACAUAGCAGAGGGGAAAGCUGGUAGAAUAUCAAGCAUUUCAACGCAAACUCGUGUGGGUAUCAACAUUUUGUUCGGAGUGAAACAGUUGCAUGAUAUAGGAUUCGUUCAUCGAGACCUGAAGCCGGCAAAUGUGGCUGUUGGACGAGAGAACACGCCUGAGUAUCGAUUUUUUCAUAUACUGGACUUUGGUCUGGCACGGGAAUUUGUCGUGAUUGGUGGCGAUAAAAAACUUCAGAUGAGGAGGCCUCGACCCAAAGCAUUGUUCCGAGGUACUACUCGAUACUGUUCUAUCAACACACAUGACAAAGGUGAACAAGGUAGAGUCGACGACUUAUGGAGUGUUCUCUAUAUGUUGGCGGAAAUGAGAGGAACCUUACCGUGGGCCAAUUUAAGGGAGAAAAAGGAUAUAAACGACAUGAAGAAGCGCACAUUUCAUGAAGUAUUGCUGAAAAACAGUCCCGUCCAACUCGUGAAUUUUGCCCGUCACCUUGACACUUUAAAUUACUACAGUCACCCCGAUUACGCACGGCUGCAUGGGUAUCUCAUGGAAAUUAUGAAGGCUGGGAAAUUCAACAGGUUCACUGAUCCGUAUGACUGGGAAACAAAGAAGAAAAUGGAAAAACGUAAGACUGAAACUGUAUCAAUUAUACCAACAACUAUAAAGAAAGACAACACUCAAGGCACUUGCAGUUUGAAUGUUCCAGUUCCAGCCACAGGACAUCCUAAAAAAAAGCAAUCAAUAAUGCUUGGAGCAACAGAAGAAAAUCCUUUCCCAGCUGAAUGGUUCCGUACAAAUCCGCUUGGCUUCUAG